AUGCCGUUUGCGCAGCUUGUCCUCGGCAGCCCUGGUGCUGGCAAGAGCACCUAUUGCGAUGGCAUGCAUCAGUUCUUGGGCGCCAUCGGCCGCGCGUGUUCGGUCAUCAACCUCGAUCCCGCCAACGACCACACCAACUAUCCAUCGGCCCUCGACAUACGCAGCUUGGUGAAACUGGAAGACAUUAUGAAGGAAGAUGGGCUCGGACCGAAUGGCGGGAUAUUGUACGCAUUGGAAGAGUUAGAAAACAACUUUGAGUGGCUCGCAGAGGGGCUGAAGGAGUUCGAGGACGACUACGUUCUCUUCGACUGUCCUGGUCAAGUCGAGCUAUAUACCCACCACAACUCUCUUCGAAACAUCUUCUACAAGCUGCAAAAACUCGGCUUCAGGUUCGUUUGCGUCCACCUCUCCGACUCCUUCUCGGUCACUCAACCGUCCCUGUAUAUUUCCAACGUCCUCCUAUCCCUCCGAGCAAUGAUCCAGAUGGACAUGCCGCAUAUCAAUGUACUGUCCAAGAUUGACAAGGUGUCGUCGUACGACGAGCUACCAUUCAACCUCGAGUUCUAUACCGAUGUCGACGACCUCAACCAUCUCACUCCAUUCCUGGAAGCGGAAUCGCCGGCUCUGCGUAGCAAGAAAUUCGGCCGCCUCAACGAGGCCGUCGCCAACAUGAUCCAGAGCUAUGGGAUGGUGCGGUACGAGGUGCUUGCGGUGGAGAAUAAAAAGAGCAUGAUGCACCUGCUGCGAGUGAUUGACCGUGCGGGCGGCUACGUGUUUGGAGGCGCCGAAGGGGCCAACGACACCAUCUGGGCCGUUGCCAUGAGGAACGAGUCGUCCAUGUUGGACGUUGAAGACUUGCAGGAGAGGUGGAUCGACCAAAAGGAAGAGCAUGACCGGCUCGAGCGCGAGGCUGAAGAGGAACAGGCUAGGGUCGCUGAGAAACAGGCGGCCGAGUUGGGACAGUCGCAGGUGGUUGAUCCGCCCUCGCAGGAGGGGGAGAUGGAUCCCGACUUUGGGGAUAUGUCGAUACCAGCCAACAGUGGAGUUAACGUGGUUAGGAAGAAGCCAUAG